GUCGCGGGCAGGGCCGGCCCCGGGGGAGGAGAAAGGGGCCGGGCCGCGCCCGCCGGGCCUAGGCCUGGCCCGAGUCGGGGUACCCGAGCCUGCAGCGAGCAGAGGCGGCGCGACCCGGCGCGCGGGACCCAACCAGAAGGUGGAGAGCCGAGCCGGAGCCAGGAUGGGCAGCCCAGUGCACCGUGUGUCUAUCGGGGAGUCCUGGAACAGGCGGGUGCACCCCGACAUGGAGAGCGAGAGGUCCGUGAGGCCGUUCGACGUGGAGCGGCUCACCAACCUCCUGGACGGUGGCGCCCAGAACACUGCGCUCCGCAGGGAGAUCGAGCGCAUGAUCCAGAGCGACCAGAAGUUUAACAUACAGGACAAUUAUUUCAAGACCCAGAAUGAGCGCUAUGAAGGGGCCGUGCAGAAGGCCUUCCAUGUCCUGAUGCUGGCACAGCGCCUGGGCUGGCAGGAAGAUGGUCUGGAAUUAAAAUACGCGUACAGAGCCCUUGCUGGAGACGUGGCCUUCAACAUCCACAAAGUGUUCCAGAAGUCGCUCAAGAGCCUGGGCUCAGAGGAACAGAUCGCCAAGUGGGGCCCAUUGUGCUCCCAGUUUCAGAUCAUCACCACAUACGCCCAGACGGAACUGGGCCACGGGACAAAUCUUCAGGGCCUGGAGACUGAAGCCACCUAUGAUGCAGCCACUCAGGAGUUCGUGUUGCAUAGUCCCACACUGACAGCCACCAAGUGGUGGCCUGGGGACCUGGGACGGUCCGCUACUCACGCCUUGGUGCAGGCCCAGCUCAUCUGCUCGGGAGCCCGGCAGGGCAUGCACGCCUUCAUCGUGCCCAUCCGGAGCCUCGAGGAUCACCGCCCGCUGCCGGGAGUCACCGUUGGAGACAUCGGGCCCAAGAUGGACUUUGAGCACACGGACAAUGGCUUCCUGCGGCUGGACCACGUGCGGAUCCCCCGGGAGAACAUGCUGAACCGCUUUGCACAGGUCCAGCCCGAUGGCACCUAUGUGAAGCUGGGGAUGCCGCAAAGCAACUACCUUUCCAUGGUGGUGUUACGCGUGGAGCUGCUGCUGGGCGAGAUCCUGCCCCUUCUGCAGAAGGCCUGCUGCAUCGCAGUCCGCUACUCCGUCAUCCGCCGCCAGUCCCGCCUCCGGCCCAGUGACCCAGAAGCCAAAGUCCUCGACUAUCAGACGCAGCAGCAGAAACUCUUCCCUCAGCUGGCCUUAUCCUAUGCAUUCCAUUUCCUGGCAAACAACCUCUUGGAAUUCUUCCAUCACUCCUACAGUGCCAUCCUGGACAGAGACUUCAGCCUCCUGCCCGAGCUCCAUGCGCUGAGCUCGGGGGUGAAGGCUUUCGUGUCAGAGUUCUGCACUCAGGGAACGGAGGCGUGCCGCCGGGCCUGCGGGGGUCACGGCUUCUCAAAGCUGAGCGGCCUGCCGACACUGCUCACCAAAGUGACCGCCUCCUGCACCUAUGAGGGGGAGAACACGGUGCUCUACCUACAGCUGGCCAGGUUCCUGGUGAAGAUCUACCUGCAGGUUCAGACAUCCCGGGACGCCACAUCGCAAAGGUCUCUUCCUCAGUCUGUUGCCUACCUGACCUCAGCUGACCUGCCCAGGUGUCCAGCCCAGAAGGUAGCUGACUUCCUCCGUCCGGAGUUCUACACCAAGGCCUGGGCACACGUGGCAACCAGGCUCAUCAGGGACUCCGUGCAUCAUUUACAAACUCUGAUGGAGUCCGGCAUGGACAGGCAGGACGCCUGGAACCAAACCACCAUCAUCCAUCUCCAGGCCGCCAAGGCGCACUGCUACUAUAUCUCUGUGAAGAGUUUUGUAGAAGCUCUGGAGAAACUAGAAAAUGAACCAGCAAUUCGGCAGGCACUCAAACGCCUGUGUGACCUCCACGCCUUACAAGGCAUUCUGACCAACACGGGUGACUUCCUCCACGAUGGCUUCCUAUCUGGGGUCCAGGUACACAUGGUGCGAACAGCCUACAUGGACCUGCUCCGUCUCAUUCGGAAGGAUGCCAUCUUGUUAACUGAUGCGUUUGACUUCACGGAUCAGAGUUUAAACUCAGCACUUGGCUGUUACGAUGGAAAUGUCUAUGAACGUUUGUUCCAGUGGGCUCAGAAGUCACCCACCAACACUCAGGGGAACCCUGCCUAUGAGAAAUAUUUAAAGCCACUCUUACAAAGCCAGAAAUCCAAGUUGUGAAGGGAUGGACAGCAUUCAAGAUCCACCACCAUGCGAAGAGGGUACUAAGGCACACAGAUGUAUCAUUCAAAUGUUAAUGUAUGUACUUAAUCUAUUUUUAAGGAGAAUCAUUAUCCUUUAGAGACCAAGUCUGAAGCAGAUGAAAUAUACCGAGAUUUACUUAAGACAAAAUAACCCAUGAGAGGACAAAGGGGAUUGAAAUUGGUCAGUGAAUAUCUGUAUCCACAGUAUUCUUUCUACAACUUUGAAUGCCUAAAUUUUUCCACAACCAAAAGACAAUAAUAUUAUACAUUUGUAGAAUCUA